UUAGUUUAGAUUUUUGAGUGUUCCUAUAUAUAUGUCUUAGUUUAUCUCACAGCAGUUCUCCUAGUCUAGGAUUACAGUAAAUACAUCAAAUUGGGAUUUCUCAUAAAUCUUUUGAAGAUAACCACUAAUUCUUAUUAGACUUACAGGUCAGAAAAGAAAGAAACACAAGAUGGUGAAGGCUUGGUACAUGGACACCAGUGAUGAGGACAAGCGAAAUGAGCAUCACCUUUUGCCACCAGAGUAUGUGACCCUUGAGAAACUUCGUGCUGACACUGGAGUCUUAUACUGGAAGUUGGAUGAGAAAAAUUUUGAACCGGAGCUUGAGAAGAUUAAAUCCAGUCGAGGUUACUCAUACUCAGACGUCAUUCAAGUUUCACCAGAAAAACUCCAAAAUUAUGAAGAAAAGCUCAAAAACUUUUACGAGGAACACAUCCACACUGAUGAAGAAAUUCGUUUUGUCCUGGAAGGCUCCGGCUAUUUUGACGUUCGAGACAAGGAAGACAAUUGGAUCAGGAUUGAAGUGACACCUGGAGACCUCCUGAUUCUCCCAGCUGGAAUCUAUCACCGAUUUACUUUAGAUACGAAGAACUAUAUCAAGGCCAUGAGACUGUUUGUCGGGGUUCCAGUUUGGACUCCACACAACCGACCUGCCGAUGACAUGGACGCUCGCAAAGAGUAUGUAAAGAGGCAGAAAGAGGGCUUUUCAGAGGAGUAAAGGCAGAAGAAAAGAACCAGAUAUGAUGGGGCUUUAUUUUGAUGGUGUUAUUUUGUAAGUUUUGAAAUUUGGGAGGACUUUUGCAAAUUACUGUUCUUUGUUUUAUUGCUGUUUGUUAGCUUGUUGUUGAAAAUAGUACUUUGAUUCUGUUGAUAUUUUAUAUGACUAGUUUUCCGUUUUAUACCUGUCUCAAAACUGUAUGCAGCUCAUGCAAUUUUAUAUAUAUAUAUAUAUAUAUAUAUAUAUAUAUAUAUAUAUAUAUAUAUAUAUAUAUAUAUAUAUAUAUAUAUAUAUAUAUAUAUAUAUAUAUAUAUAUAUAAAUGUUAUGUUAUGGUACAAGUACAUCUAUAGGCGUUGUAAAGAAUUACAUUUUUGAAUCUAGAGAUUGAUGUGAAGGAAAAUAUAUUGCUUAAAUGCAUCUGCUAAAUUUUAAGUUAACUGAAAACUUUAUAAUUCAGAUGAAUUAUAAACUGUCACUUUUCAUUUUGAUGAAAUGAACAGAUUUUUUUUAUGCAUCAUGACUUGAUUUAUAAGUGUUGUGAUAGAACAUUGCCAUACAUUUUUAUUGUUAUGUAAAUUUUAUCUUGAGGUAUAGUUUAUUGAAGAAAAUACAUAUACUUAUAAAGUUUCUGACUUGCAUAGACUUCAAAAUCCAAUUGAAUAUUUUUGUAAUAUUGAAUUUCCAUUAUAUGAUAUCUUGUAAAAUGUUUGUGUUUAUAUGACUUAGCAUACAUAGUUUAUGAAAUUAAUGAUGAUCCUUAUUGAUUAUUUUGAUCUUAAGCAGCACACCUAUGAAAGGGUAUUACAAAUAUUGAUUUCAGAUAUUUGAGAGACCAACUUUUCCAGGUAUUAAGACAGCUAAAAAUUGUUAUAUGUAUUUUCACAUUGUACAGUACAGAAACAAAUGUACAGUAUUUUAUAAGGAGCAAAGGUAAUUGUGUUUUAUAUGGUAAUGUCUUCCAGUUACUAAAUGUAUUUAUAUUUCUACAUCUGUUAACAAGGAGACAUGUAGAGUUUAUAUAAAUCAUUUAAAUUACACAUAACAUUAAUAAUAUGAGUAUCAAUUAUUUGAAUUUGAAUUUGAUUUCCAAAAGAGAAUUGCUGUAUUUCUUAGGUUUUGAAAAUGUUAGAGAAUAUUUUGAAUAUCAGAUUUUUUAUUUUUGUAAUUAUAUGUAGUAUAUGACAUUAGGUCACACAACGGUGUCUUGAGUGGAACAUUUUGUUGUUAUUUUUGGAUUUGUUUGUGUAACUCAUUUCUUGAUUAUCAGGCAGUAUAUUGUUGAAUAAAGAUGGGCCAUAAAUGUU